AUGUCUCAGGAGGUGGAUGAGUAUGCCUCUAACGUGCGGAAAUUGCAACUUAUGGGCUUUGGAAAUGAUUCACAGAUAAAGGAAGCCUUAUCAGCUGGUGGAAAUGACAUUGAUUCCGCGAUCACUUUUCUAGUUAAUAAGAAUUUUGAACCAUCUUUCAAGAGUCAAGAUACUGCAUCCGAUGAAAAAGUCGGUUCUCAGUCACUUGCGGACGAUGAUUUCCCUGUCGAUAAACUUAGGACGCUUGAGGAAUCGCUUUACAUCGAAAAAUGGAAUAUACCCUGCCUACGAUCUCAGUCUCUUGGUCUAUGUCUAUUAAGUGCUAUCCGAAUAAUUAAGUGUAGAGGAAUGUCCGCAUUUGUCGCCACGGAAGCGCUUCAACGCUUUAUGACGAAAUGUUUAACGGAGUGUUUGAACAAGUUUUUAACAUCUGGCGCUGUCCUGCAGUGGGAUGCAGAAACUCUGGAAGGGGUGCAUAACAUGCUAGAAUUGGUUAUCCAACUGGCCAUCGAAUGUCUGACUGUUGGGAAGUGUUUUUUGUCUCAUGACCAACAAUCUUUUCAAAAAUCAGACUGGCAGAAUUUUAUAACGUUGGCAUUUUCUUAUUUGGAGUUAACAUUCAACCCAGAAUGCAGUUAUCAUCAACGCUGUCGUGAUAGAACCACAAAUACUGGAAUAUAUGCAAAUCAGUUUUCGGUAAAUAGGUACUUUACUUGUAAUGAUGCUGCUUUUAGUGACCAGUUCAAUCAUUGGAGUCAGGUGAAGGAUAGUGGAGGUGAGAGACACAUGUAUGCUGAAAUAUUGCCGGCACCAAAGAAUUUCUACCUUGUUAAUUUACUCAACUGCUUUGGGGCACACGGCGGAUUCGACCUGAUUCUCUGGUACGGCACACGUCCGCACUUACCUCUCAAGACGAUGCAAUCAGUGCUGGGGCCUCUGGCCAACGUAGCAGAAUACUUAACCCUGGAGACAAUGCGUCGAUACUCCUCCUGGCUGAUGAUUCGCACCUUGUGGCUCAUCCACAAUCUUACAUCAGAGGACUUCAAUCCACAGGAGUCGCGAGUGUUUGACCUAAUCACCUCUCUGCGGGUACUUUGCUAUCGCUCCACUGCACUGUCUAACAACACAGACAGCAGUGAUGGAUCUCGCCCGGUUGUUCCAUUUAGUCUCGCGGAAUUAUCUCAUCCCCGCCAACCCGACUGGGAUGCCUUGAUGGAGCGGUGUUCUUCUCUCCCCCCAGCAACAUCCUUUUUCUCUGUUUCGCAUGUGGAUGAACGCCAUCUAGCUAUACUGCUCUCUUCCCUCUGCCCGCCUGUCGGCGUCUCCAGCUCAUUCAAGGUGCGGAUACUCGCCACUCGUCACCUCAUCGACCAAAUCACCGCCGUUCAGCAGGCUCGCUCAAGCAGCUCUUUAUCUAAAUCGGGUCACGUCUCUGCUGGCGCCACUCCUGUGGUCACCUCAACUUCCAUCUUGGCAGCAGAGAAUCAGGCCUUUCUGCGUCGACGCAAAUUACAUCGACUCAUUCGAUACGAUGCUUUGAUGUCGUGGGUCAAGGAAAAGGCGGUUGUUCAAUCGAUCAUGACCAAUCUCGAUAACGUAACAUACGUGGCAACGCUGUGCGACUUGUUCCGCUGUCUUGGAGACCACAUCACGAUGGAAGACAUCUCGGCCCUGUGGAAGUGUCAGGAGACUCAGAGCAAUGCUGGUAUUAACAAUAUUCUCAAGCUGCUCUCGGAGGUUGGAUCAAAUGGCUUUAACCAGGCCCAAUUCGAGCAUUUGCUCCAAUUAGUUAGAGACAGUUGGAGCGCUUUGGAUCUGCAAGCACGCCUCCAGUUUACCCGAUCCUCGGGAUCCAGCAAGUUGGGCAUGAAGCAUCGGUAUCGUCACAGACUCUCCAUCACCACCACCACUACGCCAGUCAGACAGCCCAUCACGGAGUCUUCCACUAUCCGUAAUGCUCGUGUUCGUCUGCUCAAUUUCGUUGCCACUACUGCCAUCACUUCGCGUGAGGUGUGGGUUUCUGAUCUCUGUCUUCAACUUCUUUGGCAACUCUCCCACGGUCUGCACCACAAGUCACCUGAGCACGCCAAAUCAACUUCCAUGGCCGGAGAAGAGAAGGGGAAGGCGACCUUCGGAAAACUUGAAAGACUUGUCAGUGCUUUGAGUAGCAGCGGUGGGAGUGGUAAUGGAGGUGCAAGUCAUAAUCACCUAGAUGGGGGAGGUUCAGUUCACCAUCCUGGCCCACUAAAUCCCGAGCACACUGAAGCGGCCAUGGCGCAGUUGGUGAUUGUCCUCAGAGAGUGUCGAUUGCCCACGAAUGAGCAGCGCCAUCGACUCAACACGUGGUUGUCCGUUGCUGCUGAGGAACUAAAAAGGGGGAAAUCAACCUACUACGUGCUGGACUUCCUGCAGACCAUACUGGAUCUAAUAUGCAAGCCUCUACCUGGCCGCAGCAAGAAGGACACGUUACGGGAGCUCAACAAGACUUACUCCCUCAUCGACACUGUUUGUAAUUCCUUGCAUCGUCUGCAAAAACAAGCCGCCACCUCAAAACAUUUGAUUGCCUCCUCCUCUCCUACCAAAUCUGCCAGCAGUGAGAACAACAAAACCAUUCGCCAUAGCGAUCUGAUCAAACGCCAUUUGGAUGUGCUUCACUACCUUUUGAGCACAGCUGAUCUUCACUUAUCAGUGGAUCGAACUCAGGACAUUUGGGACACCCUUGUGAAUGACUAUAGCCUCGUUCUCUUCAACGUUGAGAAAACGCUUCUCUGGUUUGCCUCAGCUUUGGAUCUGCUCGAAACCGACGCUCAAAACAGCCUUUUCACUAAAAAUGUUCUCAAACUUCCACCCUCAGUUAUUCAGACUUUAAAGGGUUUCCAAUGCUUCGAGUCCUUCUUCAUCAAAGUGAAUUUAAAUGAGGGUCGGCUUAAGAUGAAUCAGGAUGGUUGGACUGUUGAACGAAUGGACUUGAUCGGAGUGGAUUUUUUGUGGGACCUCUACACCUCCCUUCCCACAACGCCAAAUUCGGCCGUCCAUGAGGCAGGCCAUGUUCCUGCCUUGCAUGCCGAAGGCAAAAUUCUCCUACCAGCAGUUGGUAAGGGCGACUUGGGGAACUCAAGCGAGGUCCCCUUAGAUGUGCAGAUUUUCAAUUGUCGCCAGGCAAUCCACAAGGCACGCAAAUUGCUUUUACUCAUCUCAUGGUCUCAACUGUCGAGCAAGUUGAAGAGGGACCCCGAAAGCUGUCACAAACGCUUUUUUGACUAUUGCCGGAAACGCAUUGAGAUCAAUCUUGCGGCCUCUACUUCCAACUUGUCAAACAUAAGCCGAACACAGUCAGAGAGUCGACACUUGACGGUGGACCGCCCAUUGCAGCCCAACCUACGCUCUCUGCUGGCCGAUACAGGUCAAUUCCUCGCCUCCCUCCUCGUCGGCCCUAAGGCGGCCGCCUCGGCACGCAGUCGUCUCAGCAAAUCCUCGCGUCUUGCCCUCUACCGCCUCCUUUACAUCGUCUUUUCCUACAUUGAGAAUGCCGAGGAUGAAUUGAUUGGGGCCCAUGAGCCACCAAGCUGCUGGAAGCCACACUAUAUGUCAUUCCGUGGAUGGGAGCUACGAAUUCCCCUUCGUGUGCUCAAUCCCUCCGGUCAAUUGCUCAUCUCAUCAACUCUCCCGCUGACAGCACGCCACCACAUGACCUCCUUCAGUCUGUGUUUAAGUGAUGCCACUGCCGAUUACCUCAGAAACCCCAUUCUCGUUGUUCACUCCAAUGCCACGCUGGCCUCAGUGCGUAAACUCGUUGCGCUCAUCAUUCCCGUGUGUCUCUAUGCCCUCGCUAACACUACCACACAGUUUGCUUUUGGUUCUGAGGUCCUCUCCCUCGACUCAAUCAAGCCACCCGGCGUUAGCGGUCUGCACGAGUUAACUAAUCGCAAUCGACAGGCACCUCUCUCUGAUCCUAAGAGUGAGACACCUCUUGGACACAAAUUGGACCGUGAAGCGAUUGGAGAACUUGGGUUCCAGACGGGGCGAACUUUAGUAAUUCGAUUACGAUCACAUGCAGAAGUGCAAGGAUUUGGAGGCGAUGUUAAUGGUGCUAGUUCUUUUAGCAUUUCUGAUGGAAUGCACAGCUCUCUGCUUCGACGCUCCUCAGGGUUGUCAAUGAAAUCGAGUGGUAGUGGGAAGUUGCAUCCGCCUCCAUUGCCCAAUGUGGCCUCUUCAGUCUCUACUUCAUCGUUUCUUCCAAAAGUAGCAUCGUUUCUCCACUCAGAAAAGCAAAAUACGCCACUGUUGACAGCCUCAGCUAAUGCUGGUGAUCCUGGAUGUCUGCAGUCACCAUACAUGCUUCCUAGUCUAAUGCUCGCUUCUAGCAGAUCUGUAUACGAAUCUGUGUUUGAACUGGCGGAGAACGAUUUGGCGGAAAACGGAACGUCACAGAGCAAACCAAAUUUGCUUCACAUGAUCAGGCUUCUGCUUUACUGUCUGCCCACCUACCAUCCACCCAACGGCUUGCACAUAUCGGAGCGACCUGGCAAGGCAACUUCCAAGUCGGUCUCCAAUGCGUUUGUGGCGUCUAUGGUGUGCACUCCAGAAAAUCUGAUUAAGGCCCCACAAUUCCGCUUACUCUAUCUCCUUCAGUUUCUCAGUGGCCGACUAGUCUCACCCGAGUCCUCGGCUUGGUGGGAACGUGCUUGGGAUCCCUCUUCGGCAAUGGCAUCUGCUCGGGUGACAGAGCCCCAGCGCGUAAUUUUACCCUUAGAGUCGCUGCAGGCUCGCACUCCUACAGCGCACCGCUUGGCCCCACUAGAGACGGAGGAGGCGACAUCGUCUAGCAAUAUUCGCACCACCAUUCCCCCCACUACCUCUGCUCCAGUUGCUGCAUCUGCCUCUGCAGUUCUCAUCUCCUCUGAGACCUGCCUCCACAUCCCUUCAACACGGUCAUUGACCGAUGCCAAUGGCUCAACGUCGUGUCCACCUUCUCCUGAAAUGGUUAAAGAACCGAAGAAGCGAUUAGUUGGCAGUUAUCACAAGGCCGCAAAAUGGUUUAUCGGUGGUGGAAGCGGUGGAGGAAAAAGGAAAGGUAGUAAUUCUGAAAGCUCAGUGACACUGAGCAAGACCUAUGAGAAGAGCGACUGGUUGGAGCCUCUGGUGAUAGUGCUUCGAAAGCAGUUGAUUGAGGGCACGGUGAAACCAACAGAGUCCGGAGGCAGCCUUCUGAUGGCGAACAUGUUUGUGCGAAUCGUAACACCUAAUGAGGCCACGGGUUCCACCUCUACAGCUGCGGACGCCUCACGCUCCGACGCGUGGAUCUCCCGCGAGAUCAAACACUGCGCGUUGCAGAUUCUCGCCACUCUUCUUAAUCCUUCCGCCUUCGGCUCAAUGGAAAAUAGUGGGUGUGAUUCUCGAGCCUCGAGUUUCUCCUCCAGCUGUAGUUCGCUUCCCACGCUAAUGCAGCCUGAGUUUGCUCCAAAGUUGCUUUCAGUGUUAAUGGAUACAGCGUUGGCUAGUGCCACGCAGACCUCAGAUCAGCAAGGAGGCAAUUUUGUCCCCAGCGGCAUUGGCGCCGCAGGCAACGGCGGCGGUAGAAGCGGAGAAGGUGGAGUAUCAGCCGAUGGUUGCAGAAGCCAACGUCGACGUGGUCUUUUGCCAGUAGUUGAGAGUCACGCUGGUGUGGCAAACGCCCUUGAUCCUCUGACUAGCUCCACAUCCUUUGCGCUCACCUGUCAGGACGUUGAGAUCGCCGUUCAGAGCACCCGACUGAUGUGCCAGUGUGUCUUCACCUACUCAUCUCAGCUUAUGAGUGCUUUUCUUGAGAUACCAGACCUCAAGAGUUCGCUCAUUCGUCUCCUUCUUUAUUCACCCUCUCUCAGAAUUCGUUCCGAGACCUGCUACCAAUUGAAACAACUCCUCUACGAUUCUGCUGGUCAGCACCAUCACUCAACAAACCCUAUUCUUGGUGUGGAGCCCUGUUGUCACCUUCUAGCCUGGGAGACUUCUCACUCCUCUCAGCCUCCACCUUACACCUUUGAACCAAUCACUCUCCAGCAUGUCAGAACUAGUCCAUACAUCGAUCUGCUUCUUGAUCUGUUUUUCAAAACCCCAUUGGAUACUGCAAAGGGUACCUCCUCCAAACCCCUUCUUCCUCCCUUUUGGACAACCCAACUCAACACUUUAACAGAUGCCGAAGAAAGGCAGGCAAUAAUGCACUGUGGAGAGUUCUUCAGACUGCGGGGUCGGCUUUUUGCAAUGGUGGAAAAGAGCUGCCUCGAACAUUAUGCAGGACAGGAUCACGUGAACAUCUUUGAGAGCGAGAUUCAAUGGUUUCGGAGCUUUGCUCAAGUCCAUCCUCGGGCCUCGUCGUGGGGUGACGGUCUGCUUCCAAGUUUAGACGGCAGCCUGAUCAACGGUCACCUGUGCUUCCUGCGCACAGCCUGCAUACAAAUGGUUGCCAUGGCGAUAGCUCGAGCCACCAGCGUAUCGCGCACCGUAGGCGCGGGUUGUGCAGCUCCCUCCGGCCGCUCCGCCCCGCUCUCCACCUCGGCUUCGUGGGAGGGUGGGAGCGGCGGGGGCUGUCGCAGUAGCGGUGGUUGUAUGGGCCUCUCACCUCCUCCUUUUCUACUGGCUGGCGGUAAAAAGGGCAAGGAUAAUCUUGCUUCGGACUUCGAAGCUACCUCAGCGAAGAAAAGCCACCAGAAUGUACUUCAGUCUACCAUCUGUCAUCCCUUACCAUCUAACCCCGUCGAUUCAAAGCUGGCAACGCUAGUAACCAGUUGCAUCCGGCUGAUGGGGAACCUCGUGCCUACUCUACUCACCGACUAUAUGUUCCCUGUGGCAAACACUAUGAACGAGGAGUAUCACUCCCUGCCUUCAGGUGACCCAGAGAUCCAUCGUAUGCAUGGAAACUCUUUGCUUCAACCACCUCCAAAACGUCUCAACGGAACCGCUCGUCAAGAGGCGUUUAUGCUUAUCCUUUUCCUUGCACGCAUGGAUUUCCAAAGCCUUGAACGAACUGUCAAUAUUCUAGUUCGUCUGCAUCAUCAAAGCCCACCGGAAGAACAAUUGCAAACAAAUCAUACACCGAAUUCCUCGAUGAGUUUGCCUACCGCCUCAAAUCUAGGCGAUUCAGGAGGCCUCACUUUUGAAGCUGACGUGAAUAUCGCUCCGACUGCAUCCAUUAUGUGGGACUACCGUCCCUCCCUUUUAGGUCGUGCCGCCUGCAAUUUCACGGGUCUUCGGAAUGCGGGAGCCACUUGCUACAUGAAUGCUGUACUUCAGCAGCUUUUUAUGCAGCCUGGUGUAGCAGAAGGCAUUUUGGAUGUGCCGACAUCGAAGUUGGAUGAGAAGAGCCUGCUUUAUCAAACUCAGGAGCUCUUUCUGAAUCUGCUUUUUUCACAACUUCAAUUCUACGAUCCAGUUGGGUUUUUGAAAACCUUCCGUCUUUGGAACACGGACACUCCCAUAGAUCCUCAUGAACAGCAGGAUGCAUUCGAUUUUUUCCAGUCUCUAAUUGACCAGUUGGAUGAAGGCAUGACGAAAUUCACUGAUGUGCCAUUUUUCUCCAAAAUGUUCCACGGAAUCCUGUCAGACACAAUGUAUUGUGAAGACUGUGGUCAUCGCUACGACCGAGAGCAGUCAUUCUCGGCUAUCAACUUAACCGUCUGUACGGCGGAUUUAUUAGAGGCCAUGCGUCAGUACACGCGAGAGGAGGUUAUGGAGGGCGACAACGCCUACUUCUGCGAACGCUGUCAAAUGAAACAGCGCACAUUGAAGCGUCUCACCUUCAGCAGCCUCCCGCCAGUGCUCUGCCUCCAACUCAAACGAUUCGGCUUCGACUGGGAACGACAGGUGGCAGUCAAGUCAAAUCAAGCCUUCUCCUUCCCUCGACGACUCGAUAUGACUCCUUUCAUGGGUGAUAAUGCUGUUCAAGUUAGUAGCCAUGCAAGUAUUUUUGCUUCGAAAUUGACUUCUCGAUACUUUUCUUCUGAAAAUAUCCAACUAUGCCUUCCGGUGUAUCAAUCCAGUCAAAUGUGUCAGUCGACCUUGGGGGAAAAAGGAAUUCACUGGAUGUCCAACCUGAUGCCUCUAAGAGAGGAUUUCACUUAUACGACCCAGAGGGAUGCCAUUUGGGAGGAGUAUGCGGACGAGGAAGACCGCCACGGCUCAGCGUUGGCACCGUCGACAGAGACGGGACGCAACGAGCUUGCACCGCACCACCACCCCCGCUCGCAUUCUGAGUCCAUCGAAAUUGCACCACCCAGCUACGUUUACGAGCUCUCAGGCAUUGUCAUCCAUUCCGGCCAGGCGCAUGCAGGCCACUACUACUCUUUCAUUCGCGACCGAGGCCGAAUGGAACAAACUCACGUUUUUGAGCAAAAGAGAUCACAGUCGAUCUCGGGAGCUACCGGUCUUCCAGGCUUUGUUAAUUCACAAAAUCCUCUUCGCAAUUUCCUCAGAUCUGACACGCUGACACAGGGCACUGAAGACUACUCGGCAUCUGCUGAUGUUAACCCACCCGAACGGUGGUUGAAGUUCAACGACACCCACAUCGAGGAGGUGGAAAUGACUGAUGAGUUUCUGCAACAGGAAUGCUUCGGUGGAACUUACUUGGCUGAAGUCCCAGGGCGGCCGCCGGAGAAGCGGACGCGCAAUUACAGUGCAUACCUCCUUUUCUACCAACGUGUAUCGUCCAAUGCGAGUGUUGGCGUGCAACCUGUUGACACCACUCGUUCGCGACGCACAUCAGAUUCCUCUGGAAAAUUGCGACCAGUCAGUACCUUGAACAUGCGUCGAAAUAGGCACAGCUCACUUAGUGUCGAGAAGUCGCACUUCUUUUCCACAUUUGACGAAGGACGCUUCUACAAACCCAGGUUUUCAGUGGACGAAGCACGAGGUAGUCGUCGCUCUAUACCGUUCUCUCGUCUCCCAUUUACUGGAUCUUCAGCAAGUACAGCUUCCGCUACCCGUCAACAGCGGCUCUCUCUGGCCCUCACUUCCAGUCUCCUCAGAGUUUCGCCAUUGGCGGGCACUCAGCCUUCUUCCACCUGCCUCGUUGGUCUAACCGCCUCUGUAGGCAGCAGUGGAAUUGGAAUUGGCGUUCGUCACGAAUCCUGGAAUGGAGAAACCGUGCCACGUGAAGCGUCAGCAAGCGACUCGGCAACGGCAGAGCAACCCACAUCAAAUAAAGCGACUGCCAGCUCACCUGCGGACGAAAUGCUUCACCGCAUCAGGCGGCGCAACCUCGCUUUCCUACGAGACCAGAGUAUCUUCUCGCCAGACUAUGCCAAUUUCGUUUAUAACCUUGCUCAGGGCGUAUUGGCGGACACUACAGCGCUGCAGUUUGAGCCGGGUCGCGCAGUGCUGGGUUGUCAGCUAGUAGCGAAUUUCCUCUUCACCACCUACCUCCCUCUGCACGCCUCGGUGAAGGUGUCAAUCUCACCGGACCUUUGUAAGCGCCUCUUGGGAUUGUGUGCGCCUCCGCCACGAAAUGGCAGAGAGACUCAUCCUCACCAGACUUCAGCCUCCGAACAGGCCAGUCUACAAGAGGCUGGCGCCAAACUUGACACUCAUUGGAUGGAGAUGCUGCUCUCUCUUAUGACGACUAAUGCUCAGACUAUCUCAUGGUCCCUUGGUUUCCUCGUUCGUUCACCAACAAGACCCAUGCUUAAUUAUAUGUUGGCUUGCCCGAAACCACUUCUUCGUCAUCAGACAGCUCGGGUUGUUGGAGUCGUUCUGAGCACCUUCUACGCCUCAAAGGAUGCAAGCAUUCUUGAUGUAUCGCUCAACAUCCUGGUGGAUUACUUGCUCGACUUGCUCCCGUUGGAGGUGCCUCAAUACGCCCAGCACUGCGCCUCAUACUUUGGUCUUCUGUUGGGCUACGUAGAAACCUGUCCCCAUGCCAGCGUUCAUCUGAGUAAUCGUAGUGGCACUCGACGUUUGUUGAGUUUCCUCGUGGGGGAGGAUGCCGAUCGUGAGGAGACGCUAUCAAUUGAUACAGGGGCUCUCUCGCCGCCCCUGUCUGUGCCUAGCCGGAACGUUUCCUUUGUUGUGCCUUCUAUUGUUACGCCUCAGAAAGAUGCUGGUUUCCCUACUUGGGCAAGUCUUUUACGCAACUGGACUGCUAGUCAGAGCAAGGAGUUGGGUAACUACUACCUCCUCCUUGCCCAUAUGCUUCUUCAGUCGAAUUUUGACCAGUUCCGCAAUCACCCUCUUCCACCGGCGAUUUCCCACCCCUCCCGACUCAGUCUCUUCCCACGACCAGAGACAGCAAGAUGGCUCGGUUUCUCCAGUCUUGCCACCUCCAGCGACGCUCUUUCUCAGGCUUCUGCCAACGAUUUGCCAACACGUCUCCGUUACGUUGGCAUGUUUCUACUAGUCGAAGCGGUAAUUCGAACCUACGUGGAGAAUCCGCACACUCCGUCACCGCCACAACGCCAGUAUGAACAGCAGCAACCACAUCUGCAGCAACAGAGUAGUGUCAUAGGCAGUGUAAACAGCAGCAAGGCUGACACAAACCAGACCCCCACUCAUCGAAACUCUUUGACCGGAGUAUCAGAAGAACCGUCACUUCGUGAUACCAUGAUCGAUGUGCUCAUCCAUCUCACUCAAUCCUGGUGGAUACCGUCUGCUGCUUUCAUUUCCCUGCUGCUAUCACUGAUAGUUACGAGGCCUCUGGUAGAACUGCGUCACUACUUUGACCUCACUAAACAACUCCUGCGUGUAAAGGACGAGUUGCAGUCGGCGCGAGUGCUCGCGGUACUCUGCGGUCUCCGAGGCCCCGCAUGGCAUCUGCGACCGAAUUUUCAGUCCAUCAGAACGGAUAGCGAGGCUAUAUUUGGAGGUGUUGCCACUGGGGAUACCGAUGGCUGCGAGGGCGUCUGUGGUGCCACUGAUGGACAGGAGUCUUCGCGCUAUCCACCACCGCCGGAUUUUGCACAUCCUGGUCUUCUUAUCCUCCUCACUGGCGAGAGUGGCGCUGAAAGUGGUAGCACUUUUGAUUCGCGUCGCGCCUAUCAGUGUAUGAAGUUUCUGGUGGAGCUAGCAGCGGAGAACAAUGCAGUGGUAGAGGGCCUCUCACACUUUCCGCAGCUCUGGGGUCCUGCAGUCGAGUGGCUGCAGUCUCUUCUCGAGGCCUCUGAUGCUGCCACCGCCGCUGCUAACGCCAGUUUCAGCCGUACCGCCCCUCUGGGGCGACACACUGAACACCUUGAUUCGACAAGCCCUGCCACCACUGCUGCUGGGAGAUUCCGUUCCGGCACCUUUAGUGGAACCACUACUUCUGGACAGACGGGCAAACCAAUGAAAAAGUCGGGCAGUAUUGAGGAUGAUUCAUGGGCUCUAAAGAGAACGUCUUCUGCACAGACAACUUUGACGGAGGCUGCAAGAAUGCUGGCAACUAUGCCAGGCUAUGAUACUCAACGGCUUCAAACGCACCGAGAAGUGGAUCAAGACUCUCCGGAACAUGCUUCUCCAUUCACAUCUUCCACAGCCUAG